CUUCCGAAAGUUGAUAGUAUUUUGUCAUUUUUAGGGUGAAUCCAUAUCCAAAUCAAGUAGAUAACUCGAUUUUCAGAUUCAGCUUCCCAAAAACAUAUAGAGCCCUCCAAAAAAAUUCUUCAGCGCAAUUUUUCUCCUAUCGACAAUUAUCCGUCGCCAAAUGACUUGACUGAUAACCAUUGACCAAUUGAUAGAAUAUUUUAUAUAUACAUUUAUGUGUGUGUAUGUAUUUAAUUUAAUUUAAUUAAAAAAUGCAACACCAUUCUCUGAGAUAUUUCCUUUCAAUUUAUUUAAUUGAGAUAGCAAAGUGACAAGCAAGCGAUCUGAAGAUGGUCCUGAGCAACAACGCUUCCGAUAGCGGAACCAGCUACCGGAAUGAUGUAGUUGGCAGUGGAGGAGGCGGCGGUGACUAAGCGUUGGCUGGUGGGGGCCACCAAUGAAUUGCUCUCGUCCUCACAGCUUCCCUCAGUCAGCUCCUUGCGCUCAACACCAACGAUAAAACUUCCUGUAGGCCAUGGGAGGAUUCCAGCAAAGGCCAUGGACCCCAACCAAAAGAAGGGGCCCCAUCGCCGCCGAAUACACCAGCCCCGGACCUGCUUGUGUAACUCUUCCUAACCUCUUUGGUUCUAUUACAAAUGAUUCAAAAAAAGGAAGAGCUCCUGCAUUUAGUUUUGGUAGUAGACAUGGAGGAAAGAAUGAUAGUAUUGGCCCUGGACCAGGACAGUACAAUGUUACAGGACUAAGUGCUAAAGGUAAAGAUUGUCCACCUUCUGCUACCCUCCAUUCACGAGGAAAAGAAGCUAAGCCGGAAGCCACCCCAGCUCCUGGUGAUUACAACCCUGAACGAAGCGGAAAAGUUAUUCAUGAUAAUUCCCCAAAGUAUACAUUUGGUCUCAAAACCCAGGUGGAGAAACCAAGCCAGACUCCAGGUCCAAAUACAUACAGCAUUCAAGGAGGGCUUGGUGCAGAUACUCCCUCCUUCACUAUCUCUGGCAGAACCAAAGAGGUGGUUGAGUCAACAGGCCCUGGGCCCAAUGUGUAUAAGAUUCCUGGAGUUGUUGGUGGUCAUGGCCCAGCUUAUAGUUUAAGUGGUCGAACAAAAGAACCAACUGAUGACCGCCUUCUCACACCAGGUCCAGGUAGCUACAAUUCUAGUACUGAACUCAUUCUGCCUAAAUCGCCGGCUUAUUCUGUUGCUCCUAGAAUCCAACCACCUACUAGCAACCUUAUUAAACCAGGUCCUGGAUCAUAUUCUCCAGAAAAGAUACGAAUUGAUGCUCCUCCAUCUGUUUCAUUUGGAAUCAAACAUUCUCCAUAUCUUGGCAACCUGAAAACAAUUAUGAAGUGAAUCUAAUCAACCUCGAUCUGCAGUCUAACCACAGCAGCAGGAUACAUUUUGCGCUAUUUAACAACUUUAAAGCUUCUUUAAAUUGAAUUUCAGGAUUUUGAGAACUUAUAAACAUCCAAAAUUAUAUUUACUAUUAACAUUCCUAAAGUGAUAUUAAUUCUUUUUAAAUAAAUUAAGAUAUUUCAUGAAAAAAAUA